CGAGCCCACCUCCACCUGACCUCGCACUGGCCGCUCGACUCCCCGAGUACUCGUUCGUACCCCCACGCCCUCGAGCUCGGCCGCAUCGCAAUCCAGCAGGCAGCCGUCGCAGAUUCCCCCUUCUCCCCUCCGCGCCUGCCCCGCCGCCGGGGCUUCGAGGCUAGCGCGUGCAGCCCUCUCCCCUCCGUCCCACCACCAUGGCGGAGGAGGCCCAGGCGACGCCGCCCACCGCCGUGGCGGAGGAGGUCCAGGAGGCGCCGCUGCCCGCCACCACGGUGGGGGCCAAGGCGCCGCCGCAGCUGGAGCUGUUCAACUCCAUGACGAAGAGGAAGGAGCCCUUCCAGCCGCUUGUGGAGGGGAAGGUCGCCAUGUACGUCUGCGGCGUCACGCCCUACGACUUCAGCCACAUCGGCCACGCGCGUGCCUACGUCGCCUUCGAUGUCCUCUACAGGUACCUUAAAUUUCUGGGGUAUGAAGUUGAAUAUGUUCGUAAUUUCACAGACAUCGAUGACAAGAUUAUCAAGCGUGCAAAUGAACGUGGUGAAACAGUUACAAGUUUGAGUAGCCAGUUUAUAAAUGAAUUUCUUCUUGAUAUGACUGAGCUCCAGUGCUUGCCUCCUACUCGGGAGCCACGUGUAACAGAUCACAUUGAGCAUAUCAUAGAGUUGAUAACAAAGAUAAUGGAGAAUGGGAAAGCCUAUGCUAUGGAAGGAGAUGUUUACUUUUCAGUAGAUAGUUUUCCUGAGUAUCUCAGUUUAUCUGGAAGAAAGUUGGAUCAAAAUCAGGCAGGUGCGAGGGUUGCUUUUGAUAUGAGGAAGCGCAACCCUGCAGACUUUGCACUAUGGAAGGCGGCUAAAGAGGGUGAGCCUUUUUGGGAUAGCCCUUGGGGCCGUGGGAGACCAGGAUGGCAUAUUGAAUGCAGUGCAAUGAGUGCUCACUAUUUAGGACAUGUAUUUGAUAUUCAUGGUGGAGGGAAAGAUUUGAUUUUUCCUCAUCAUGAAAACGAGCUUGCUCAAAGCCGAGCGGCUUAUCCUGAGAGCGAAGUCAAGUGCUGGAUGCACAAUGGCUUCGUUAACAAGGAUGAUAAGAAGAUGGCUAAAUCAGAUAAUAACUUUUUCACGAUCAGAGAUAUCAUUGCCCUAUAUCAUCCUAUGGCUUUAAGAUUUUUCUUGAUGCGCACACAUUAUAGAUCUGAUGUGAAUCACUCUGAUAAAGCACUUGAGAUCGCAUCUGAUCGUGUAUAUUAUAUUUACCAGACUCUAUAUGACUGCGAGGAAGUGUUAGCUAUAUAUCGUGAAGAUGGUAUCUCUGUCCCGGUGCUGGCUGAGGAGCAAAAAAUGAUUGAAGAACACCAUAAGAAUUUCUUGGAUGAUAUGUCAGAUGACCUUAAAACUACAGAUGUUCUGGAUGCCUUCAUGAAUAUGCUGAAGGCCAUAAACAGCAAUCUGACUGAUUUGAAGAAACUGCAGCAAAAAUUGGACCAGCAAAACAAGAAGAAGCAACAGCAGAAGAAGCAGCAACAGAAGCAACAACAAUCACAAAAACAGCCAGCAGAUCACAUUCAAGCUCUGAUCGCACUGGAAGCAGAACUCAAAGACAAACUAUCAAUACUUGGUCUGAUGCCACCAUCCUCUCUGGCAGAGGUACUGAAGCAACUGAAGGAGAAAGCAUUGAUACGAGCAGGAUUGACUGAAGAAGAACUGCAAGAGCUGAUUGAGCAGAGGAAUGUUGCAAGAAAGAACAAGCAGUUUGAGGUGUCUGACGGAAUCAGGAGAAAUCUUGCUACCAAGGGCAUCGCCCUGAUGGAUGAGCCUACUGGUACAGUAUGGAGACCAUGCGAACCAGAGUCAUGAUUGUGCGAUCACUGAUUGAACAAAUGAUGGUGUAAAAUGAAGCGUUGGCCUGAGUGCAGCUAUUGCAUUUUGAUAUAGACUAACAAAGAUCGCCAUCUUUGGAUGUGGUAUUCUACAGGGUAGGGGUUCCAGGUUCACUCACCAGUUGAAACUUUAAUUUCUGGUUGUGUAAGAAGCUAGUGGCCCCAUAUAUACUUUAUACUGCCAAUACCGGACUCCUUGGGAAGUUCUGAGUUUUGGAUUUGAAUAUUAGACUUGGCAAUUGCGUUUGAAUGAACAAAGGGAUUAUUACUUGGUACUAUUUA